AUGAGAAGCAGCAUCGUGUCAGCAGCCGUCCGGGCGGCGCCGCGAGGGCCGGCCACCCUCCCCUUUCGCUCCUCCGGCCACGCCGUCCCGAGGCUCGGCAGGGCGCAGACCAAGGUCCGAUUCGCCUCGGACGCCGCAGGCGGCGAGCUCAAGAAGACGCCGCUGUACGAGCUGCACGUGGCCAAGGGCGGCAAGAUGGUACCGUUCGCCGGCCACAGCAUGCCCGUCCAGUACGCGGGCGCCUCCCUCGCCGAGUCGCACCACUUCACGCGCAAGCACGGCUCGCUCUUUGACGUCAGCCACAUGGUGCAGCACAUCUUCAAGGGCAAGGACGCCGCCGCCUUCCUCGAGAGGGUCACGCCGUCAGCCUGGAGCACCAUGGGCGGCAUGCAGAGCAAGCUGACGACGUUCCUGUGGCCCGAGACGGGUGGCAUCGUCGACGAUUCCGUCGUCACGCGCAUCGGCGAGGACGAGUACUACGUCGUCACCAACGGUGCCUGCCUCGACAAGGACACCAAGUACCUCGACGAGGAGCUCGGCAAGUUUGGCGGCGGCGUCGAGUGGACCCGGCUCGACGGCUCCGGCCUCGUCGCCCUGCAGGGCCCGCAAGCGGCCGAGGUGCUCAGCGAGGUGCUGGCCUCGGACGUCGACCUCGACGGCCUCUACUUUGGAAACGCCGUCUGGGCCAAGCUGAAGCUCGCCGACGGAUCCGAGACGCACCCGGUCCUCGUCAGCCGCGGCGGCUACACCGGCGAGGACGGCUUCGAGCUGUCCUUUAACGGCAAGCUCUACCCCGCCCUCGAGACGACGACGCCGGCCGUCGAGGCCCUCCUCGAGGCCGCCGGCCCCGCCCGCCUGCAGCUCGCCGGCCUCGGCGCCCGCGACUCGCUGCGGCUCGAGGCAGGCAUGUGCCUCUACGGCCACGACCUCGACGACACGACGACGCCCGUCGAGGCCGGCCUGAGCUGGAUCAUCCCCCAGGACCGCCGCAAGAGCGGCGGCUUCCACGGCGCCGACGUCAUCGCCGCCCAGCUGACGCCCAAGAGCAAGGGCGGUCGGGGCGUCGAGCGGAGGCGCGUCGGCCUCGUCGUCGAGGGCGCUCCCGCUCGCGAGGGCGCCGAGGUGCACAAGGACGGCCAGAAGGUCGGCACCAUCACGAGCGGCGUGCCGAGCCCGACGCUCGGCAAGAACAUCGCCAUGGGCUACGUCAAGGAUGGGCUGCACAAGGCGGGCACCGAGCUCGACGUUGUCGUGCGAGGGCGUCAGAGGAAGGCCGUCGUGACGAAGAUGCCCUUUACGCCGACGCGGUACCACAAGAGCGAGGCGUGA